ACGACAAGCUGAACGCUAUACUUGGGCAGCUACCCGAGGGGUGAAUGAAGAAAUGCUGUUGGAGAACCUCCCUGAAGAUGUACAGAGAGAUAUACGGAGGCAUCUCUGUAAAUUUAUCAAGAAGGUCCGCAUUCUUUCGCUUCUAGAAGAACCAGUUUUGGAUGCCAUACGUGAAAGAUUAAGGCAAGCAACAUAUAUAGAAGGAAGCGUUGUUUUGUACAACGGUGGCCUUAUUGACAAGAUGGUUUUUAUCAUCCGGGGAAAAAUGGAGAGCACGGGAGAAGAUGGAAAUGUGGCCCCAUUGGGCGAAGGGGUUGCUUGUGGGGAAGAACUCCUUACAUGGUGCCUAGAGCAUUCUUCUAUAUAUAAAGACGGAAUAAAGAUGAGGUUUCCAGGACACAGGCUUAUAAGUAACAGGGUCGUGAGGUGCCUAACUAAUGUUGAAGCAUUUAUAUUGCGGGAAGCAGACCUUCACGAAGUCAUUUCUCUCUAUGCAAGAUUUUUGAGGAACCCACGCGUUCAGAGUGCCAUAAGGUCUGAAUCUCCCUAUUGGCGUGCCCUUGCUGCUAGGUGCAUCCAAGUCGCGUGGAGGUACAGGAAGAAGCGUCUAAGUCGAGCAGAUGUCUAUAGUCCAGAACACAGUUUAGGGAUGUAAUAUUAGAACAGCAUUCUGAUCCUAGCUUAUGGAUAUGUAUGUAUUCAAAUUAAAUAGGAGCAAUGCUUAUUGCAUGACUGUACCCGAAUUCAACUGCAAAAUAAUGACAAAAAAAUAGUAACAAGAGGCCAGUAGUUUAAAGGUGUAUUGCAGUAUCGGUACAUUAAAAGGACUACCAUUGCAUGAAGAAAUGGACAUAGUUCGAGCCUAUUUGUUUCACAGGUAUAUUUCAUUCAUUAUAAGAAUGAAGAAGUACGUAGUCUAAUUUUUUAACAGUUUACAACGUUUAUAGUGUGAGUUAGCUUCAUCCAUGAUAGAAGGAAUUGUCUGUCUCACAUACUUGGAUUUCAUCAAGAGGAAGAGCAAGAAUUGACAUCUUUCUUUCAAGUUUCAACCAUGCAAGAACUGUCACAAACAUCAAGUUUCCGGGUAAUUAGAUUAAGAGCCCGUUUGAUCACUUUGAUGACCUUUGUUUUCGACUUAUUAGUCUUAUCGGUCAACUUCUUCAUCAAACAUGUAUUUUUUGAUUUUUUGUAUUGAAUUGUGUAAUACGGAGGUAAUGUGGAGGGUCAUUUGGCUACUUUUCAUAUAACUUUUCUUUAUUUUAUUAAUAUAAUGCAUUUUGAAUAUAGUUUUUCCAUAAGUCAAUAAAUU